UUUGUGUUUCUUUUCUCUCCAGCAAUAAGUUCACUCCGGUCCAGGACUUCCUGCGGUCCGCCAAGACGUGAGGAAGGGAAGCAGGCAUGUCGCGCCGUGCGCUCCGCAACUUCCACGAGCCCGGAUUGGGCAGUCGAACGGGUCUGCGAAUCAGCACGAGCGUGCGACCAGACGAUGUGCAGGCGUACUACGAGGCGGGCAAGCGCUUCAUGGAGCCGCCGGAACCGACGCCGCCAAGCCGACUCGGCACGCCCUCCUCGCUCUUGUACGAUUGCGACGAGGGCGACGAGGGCGACAAUGGCGAGAAUGAGCACAAUGGGCGCAUUCAGCCGCCGCUGACAUUUGAGCAGGCCAUGGAGCUCGAUGCGCAUCGGCCGCCGGUUGGUGAGCGGUCCUUUGUGGGCGUCUCUCUGAUGGACAUACAGACAAGCUCGUAUUUGUCGCCAAGAGCCGCGCUCGAUGCACAGAGAAGGUACCUGCAAGAAAAGCAGCAGCAGCAGCAGCUGGAGAUGCAGACGAGCCGCGACGCCAGGCCGCUAGGAGAGAUAGCGCUGAACGGGAACGGGGGCCAAGACAGGUUUGGAUUCGAGUCUUCGACGUACAUGUCGACUUCUUCCAGCUCGCCCGCUCGGAGGAAGGAGAAGCGGAGUGGGAGGACAAGCAGCCGGAGACUGACGGGAUGGGGAGCAGCAGACGAGCUGCCCAAGUCAAGCGGAUCGAGGCGAACGAGCUCGGUAGGAGCGAGGCAGUCUAUUUCUUGUAGCAAGACGAGGGACGUGACAGUUGCCGGACGAGAUUCUAAGAUAUUCAUCGAUGAGCAGCUGGAACAGCGGGGACAGUGGGACGAGGAGGUGGACAUGUCGAUCGAUGUGGCCGACGAAGAACAGGAUGCGAUCUAUGACUCUGUGGCGCCACAUGAUGAUGGAGACGAAUCCCCUUCACGCCUGGACUCACUGGCUGCAGAGAAUUACUAUCCUGACUUUGGAGGCGACGACGACGAUGGACAAGGCCAGGGCAUACCCGAGCUUAUGCGUAAAGGGAGCAAUGACCCGAGCGAGGAGCCCAACGACGACGCGGUGUCGAACAUCUUGGCAGCAAAACCUUUGGCGUCAGUGGCCAUUGAAGGGAACAGGGCAGGAAAGGCCGGGAAGAGCAUCCAAAGAAAGGGAAAGUCAGGCCGAUCGAAAGCUCCCAAGGAGACAGGGAGGCAGGGAAAGGCAAAGCAGAGGAUGGCAGACCUGCAGAGCAUCGAUGAAGAAGGUCCUGACGAAGAGGUGGCUCGUCGUCGAGAGAGGUCCGCCAGUGUCCAGCGCGUGGUCCACAAGGUGCCCCGCGGGCAAUCAGUCGAGACGAUGACGCCUGGUGACGGCGUCAGACGCAGCUCACGGUACCGAUACGCACCUCUGCAGUAUUGGCGGGGCGAGACGGCUAGGUUUGGACGGCCCUCGCUUCCGGGCCCUCCAAGACAAAAGAGCGCAAGCGUGUCCACGACGGGCGAAGAUGAGGAACACGUCGACGAGAAUACCUUUGAGGAUGCGCCGGGAGCUGCUCAGCCUCCUGUGCCCGUGCUCAAGGAGAUUGUCACUGUUCCACGAGCAGAGGGUGAGGGUACCUUCACGGGCAUGUGGCUCCCAUCGUCGACGUCAGUCAGAGGACACAAGCGAUCUGCCACUGUUCGCACGGGGACCGGAACGAGAUCGGCAAAGACAAAAAGGCAGCCCAAAGGCAAAGAAGCUGGAGAGGACAACGACUUGGACCCGAUGCAGCCGACGCAACAUCCCGAGGACAGGUGGGACGACGGCAUGCCUCGGAUGGGCAUCAUCUUCAACAGCGACACCCACGAAGAGGAAGAGGCUGAGAUCCUGUGUCCCUCGACACACUCGCGCCUUCGUCCGACAGCCAAUGCCUCAUUUGCCUUUUCAAAGACGUUUGCCAUUGACGGUCUUGCCGCCUUUGGAUACCUCGAGCUCGACGUGGGACAGACGAAGCCAACAAAACCAAGUCGGGACAACAACUACUGCUUCUUUGUCUUUGAGGGCGCCGUCAAGGCCCAGGUGCAUCGAUCCAACUUUCUCGUGGCGCCAAAUGGAAGCUUCUUUGUGCCCAAGGGCAACACCUACUCGAUUGAGAAUGUAAGCGAACGAAAGGCGAGGCUGUUCUUUAGCCAGGUCAGGCACCCAGAUGGCGACGAGGCCGCCAUGGUGGCCGAUGCAACAAUGGGAGCCUGUACGACGACUGCCGAUGUGUCUCGAUAACAAGGGAAUUGUUCGAAGCGUUCCUGAAGCCAUCAUUGAUUAACUUGCUUCGCUCGUCCUGCUUUGUUUGUCACCUUGUGCUGUACAGUACCAUCUGCUC